GGUCACGCAACAGACGUCACAUGAACCAAGGUAACUGCUUUUUCUGGAACCAAUGAAGACCUAGCUAUCUCUGCAACACAUGGUACGUAAACGUACUCAGAUAACAUAAUGAAAACGGGACAGCAGAAAACCCUAGCUACUUUCUCUUCUUUUCCCUUUAAAGAGUGCAAGAACUGCUAGUCUUCAUUUAUCGUGCCACUUCUUUUUCCGGAUCUGUCUCUUUCAGUUUUAUGCAGUCGUCUUCUUCUUAAUUGUUCAAACUUUGCUGCUGCAAUUGAUGGCUGGCUUCCGUGUACUGGUUGAGUUUCUCUGCCUCAACUCUUCCUUUGUCGGAGGCUCUUCAGAUUUUGUUAAGCACGUCAUAUUGACCAAAUUGGACCAGGUUUGUUUGAAGGGCGGCAUUUUUUGGUUGAAAUUUUGUUUCCUCCUGCGUAUGGCUUUUCCGUGUUUACUUUCUUCUAUGUAUCUUUUGGCUGGAGGUGAUGAGGGUACUCCUUUCACGAAAAGCACAGUGAUUGUUCGAAGAAUCUAUGACGUAUAUGAAGCUAGCGUGGAUCGUGGCACAAUGCCCUUAUUUCUGGAUACAAGAGUCACAGUACAGAAGAUUGAUUUUAUGCAGCAAUGGCAGAGAAAUCGAAAAGGACCCAAGGCUUAAUGGGGAGCUAACCAAAAGUGAGACGCCAGGCCAUGCUAUCAUGACAGUCACCUUCCAUUUCACAUGCCUAGCACAACUUAGAGAUGGUGGGAUUUUUGCAUCACAUCUAAUGAGCCAUAAUGAUUGGAGAAAAUAAUUCAAGUAAAUUUUAUCCAGGUUUCUAUGGUUUGCCGAAGAACUGAGAGUCCGGAAAUCGAUGCUGCAGGCAGUAACAAUAGUGGCGAUUAACUAGAACUUCCAU